AUGGACGAUCUGACGGUGCAGCUGGAACAUUUUCGGCAACAGUAUCCCGUGGAUGAGGCCGCAUGGUCCUACCUCAUCAAAAGCAGCAUUGAGGUUCAACGGGAGGUCUUGAAAGACUUUAAGCCGAAAGAAGAGGGCCAAGCCGACUAUUCGGCCCUCGUGAUCUCCUUCUGCAAAAGGCGGCGGCAAUCGCAACAGCAGCAGCAGCAGGUGCCAGUGCCAGCGCACGACAUGGCUGCUGUUGCGGAGGAGCGACAAGCGUUAGAAGGUGACGUCCAGGCCUUCAGGGAGCGCUACCCUUGCGAUGAUGCAGCCUACAACUACAUCAUGGCGUCUCAUCCCAGUGUGAUUCGUGACGUGCUGGCGAAUUUCAAGGCCAAAAAAGAAGGCGAGAGUGAUUACUCUCCCUUGGUCAUCAGCUUUGCCAAGAAGUGCCGCUCCAGCGCCUUUUCGGAAGCUCGCCUCGUGGAGGAUCAAGCCGAGUACGAGAUCUUCCGUCGGCGUUAUCCAUUUGAUGAGGAUACCCACAACUACCUGCAGACUUCUAACCCUGAUGUGCGACGGUUUGUGAUGCGGAACUUCAAGCCGCCCCGGGAGGGCGAGGCGGACUACUCCGCGCUAUUGAUCACAUAUUGCAAACGCUGUCGCAGCAACAUGCAGCAGGGUAUGCAGGGCAUGCAGGGCCUACAGCCCAUGCAGCAGAUGGGCCCUGGCUGGGGGAAGGGUCCCAUGACUCCCAUGGCGCCCGGAUCGCAGAACUGGGGUGCUUGGGGCAAAGGCAAUUGGGAGGGCGGCAAAGGGAUGGAGUCCAUGAGCCAAUGGGACGGAGGCUCUUUUGGUGGAGGAUGCGGCGGCUCUCCAAGUUGCGGAGGCUGUGGCUGCGGUGGCUGCGGUGGCUGCGGUGGCUGCGGUGGUUGCGGCUGCGGUGGCUGCGGCUAUGGCUGCAGUGGUUGCGGCUGCGGGGGCUGUGGGGGCUGCGGGGGCUGCGGGGGCUGUGGAUCCGGCUGUGGCGGCUAUGGCUGCGGCGGUGGUGGUGCCUUCAAUGGUGCAGGUCAAGGAGGGAUCGACCAGAGCGCGUUGUGGUCCUUCCGCCAGCGCUAUCCCAUGGACGACAUGGCGUUCCAGUUCCUGUGCAAUGCGCCAGCACAUGCGCAGCAAAUGGUCCUGGAAUCCUUUGCGCCAAACCGGCAGGAUUCGGAUUACUCUGCGCUUGUCAUCAACUACACAAAGCGCUGUGGUCAGGGACAACUGGCAGCACCGGCCAAACGGCCACGCACCUUCUGA